AUGCAAAAUAAAGCUCUUGUUUUCAAGAAAAUUCCCUCGGACUUUCCUGUCCCCGGGAAACAUCUUGUUGUUGAGCCAGUGGGCGGCAAUGCGGAGGAUCAAGCGCCUCCAAACGGCCUUGUCUUGCAAUCCCUUUAUAGUAGCUUUGACCCUUACAUGCGUCCUCGUAUGCGACCUGUAGAAGUCAAAUCAUACACACCAGCUUUUGCACUCAACCAGCCAAUCGACAGUGCCACUAUCGCCAAAGUGCUACGAUCCAACAAUCCAGAUUUUCAGGCAGGAGACCUGGUUAUCGGCCAUCUCCCCAUUCAACAAUUUAACAUAUUGGAUGGUAGCCAGGCAGCCAAACUUCGUCAACUUGAAAAUCCACUGGGCAUCGAAGACAUCCGCGUGUUUCUCGGAGCUCUUGGCAUGCCAGGCCUUACCGCGUAUUCGUCUUUAUUUGAGAUAGGGAAGCCCCAGAAAGGAGAAACAAUUUUCGUUUCUGCUGCUAGUGGCGCUGUCGGUCAGUUGGUUGGUCAGCUCGCCAAACAUGAAGGAUUGAAAGUUAUUGGGAGUGUCGGGUCUGAUGAGAAGCUGGAUUACAUAAUCCAGGAUCUAAAGUUCGAUGGGGGCUUCAACUACAAGAAAGAAAAGCCUGCAGACGCAUUGGCUCGGCUUGCGCCAGGCGGAAUCGACAUUUACUACGAAAACGUCGGAGGUGAACAUCUUGAAGCUGCCCUUGACGCGUUGAAGGAUUUCGGCCGUGUGAUUGUCUGUGGUCUGAUUUCGCAAUACAAUGCGGAGCCAUACCCUAUCAAAAACAUUAGCAAUGUACUAUUCAAACGUCUGACCAUGAGAGGAUUCAUUGUCGGCGACGCAGGUAUGGGUGACAAGUACGCUAAGGAACAUCAGGACCGUCUUCAGCGGUGGAUCAAAGAUGGAUCAUUCAAGGCCCUCACCCACAAUACUGAGGGUAUCGAGAAUGCAGCGGAGGGUCUAGUUGGAAUCUUUCAUGGAAAUAAUAUGGGAAAGGCUGUUUUGAAGUUUUAA